UUUAUAGAAUAACAUUAUCAGAACAAUUAUAAUAUCGCAAUUUAUCGUACAAUAAUUCUCAGACAUUCUUUGUCAAACUGACUGCGUUCUUCCGGUCUUAUCAUGCGACAAAAGCAUACUGGUAUUGUCAGACCGACUAUUAUGUAAUACUAAUUGGCGCGCCAAACCCUGCAGAACUUUACAAUCACCGGAAUAUAUUCACCAAACAGUACAUGCAUGUCAAUCUCCAUAAAAAAGCGGUACGAAAGAACUGUCUAUCUUAAUCGCGCACUCGACCGUGGAUUCAUCUGUCGGCAAAACGACCCCCGAAAUAGUCAUUGCCUGCUAUCGUUACGAUACGUUCAACAUCGAGAAAGUAGUGUUCGUUGUUCUGGCGAGUUCUUCGUGAAAAAACAGAGGAUCUGCCGACGGGAAGCGUCGCUAAAACAUACCGGAAAUUUGAAAUUUAAUAUCAAAAGAAGCUUGAAGAAAGAAUAUUGUAGAAGGCGCGGAUAAAACGGUUUUUAAACACAAAGACGACAAUGGAAAUUUAGAAAGUUUAGUUUUACCAUACGGAAAACUGCCAAAUUCGAAAGUAUGCGUGAGUACAAUCGACGGUGAGAUUUUAUGUGCAGAUACAACGUGUACGUUGAAUAUGGGAACGACCCUACUCGCUGUAAUAUUCAUUGUGGUAUUGUGCACAACUGCAAAUAAUAUCAACGAACAAUGCCAAGUUCAUAAUGAAAGGUGGAUUACGUGUAGCUGCAUCGGAAACGAGGAAUUUUUUCUACCAGAAGCAUACAAUUACACGAACACUCUCAGCGUGUCGGUCACAGGAUGCGUUUCAGCAAACCUCCAUUACUCCAGUUUUCCGGAGGCGAGCAAUAUCGAGGAAGUAAUAGUUCAAAAUAUCAGUGGUAGCCUGAGUUUUGACGUCUUCUUUUCGUCAAGCCAUAUGAAAUUGUUGAAGCUCUCGAACAUUGGUCGGAUACCGCUGAUAGCAAGUCACACGUUCACGAACUUGAAAGCUAUUGACACGCUCACGAUCGAGAAUACGCUCAUCGAGACUCUCGGGGAAGAGUUUGCUUACAUCAAUAUCUCGCACUUCAUCAUGAUGAACGUUACGAUCGAACGAGUGUUCUACCUAAACGUCUCCGAAAAGGGCACGAAGUUGCGCAUAGUAAACAGUAAGCUACAUAAUGUCACGGAAACCUUGAAUUUCGCCAAUUUCUUAAACAUCGAGAUCAUUGGCUCCAAGUUCGAAAUGCAGAAACCGGGGCUAAUGUCCAUCCAAGGCGAUGUCGCCAUCGUGAAAAACAACAUUUUCUCGAACGUGAGCAUGAACUUGGUCACCACGACUGCCAUCGUCAUAAACGGCAUUUGCGCGGAUGGCAAGAGCACUUUAAGGCUCAGUUCGAGGAGCAUUGAUAGCACAGAUAACAGACUACCGAAUGAAAUAGCUUAUCCAGGAAACGAUCAGCGUGGAGAACCUCUCACGGAAUUUCUCACAAUUCGAAACAAUACGGUCUGCAAAGCAGGCAACUGCAAAUGUUCGAUAAGUAGCGGACAGGCUUCGUGUCCUGUUCGCGUCAACACAGUAUACAUUUUCUUGUUAACAGAGUUCAUAUUUAUACGCUAUCUUUGAUAUCUUCACUAUGUUGUAAUACUACCAUAUGAGUCUGGCUAGAUAAAACCGGUUCGUGAAAAGUCAAUCUCAAUUUAAUAUUGUGAUCAAAAUGUAAAGUAAUUU